AUAUAAACCCUAGUUGUUUCGCCUUUGCUUCUUCGUUUUUCCUAGGGUUUUCCUCCGCCGUUUCUCAGUUAACCACAAAGCUUGGAAGAGGCUUCAGGAGGCGCAGAAAAUGGGCCCAAAGAGAGGUGGAAAGGUGGCUGCACCUGCCAAGAAGAAACAAGAGAAGGUUGUCAAUCCAUUGUUUGAAAAGCGUCCAAAGCAGUUUGGUAUUGGGGGGGCUUUACCUCCUAAGAAGGAUCUGCACCGAUUUGUGAAGUGGCCUAAGGCUGUUCGCAUUCAAAGGAAGAAGAGGAUCCUUAAGCAAAGGUUGAAGGUCCCACCAGCUUUGAACCAGUUUACCAAGACCCUUGAUAAGAACCUUGCAACAAGUCUGUUCAAGUUGCUCCUCAAGUACAGGCCAGAGGACAAGGCAGCCAAGAAGGAACGCCUCCUUAAAAAGGCUCAGGCUGAGGCUGAAGGAAAAGCUCCUGAGUCGAAGAAACCAAUUGUUGUGAAAUAUGGACUUAAUCAUGUUACCUACCUUAUUGAGCAGAACAAGGCACAAUUAGUUGUUAUUGCUCAUGAUGUGGAUCCCAUAGAGUUGGUAGUGUGGCUCCCUGCUUUGUGCAGAAAGAUGGAGGUCCCCUACUGCAUUGUCAAGGGGAAAUCUCGUUUAGGAUCGAUUGUCCACAAGAAAACUGCUGCUGUCUUGUGCUUGACCACAGUUAAGAAUGAGGAUAAGUUGGAGUUCAGCAAAAUCCUUGAGGCCAUCAAGGCUAACUUCAACGAUAAGUAUGAUGAGUACAGGAAGAAGUGGGGAGGUGGUAUCAUGGGCUCCAAGUCACAGGCCAGAACCAAGGCAAAGGAGAAGCUUCUUGCAAAGGAAGCUGCACAGAGGAUGACUUAGGAAAACCAUUGUUUCCGUCCAGAGGCAUCUUUAGUUGUGGUUUUUUUGUUAUAUUAUCUUGUUUGAUUAAAAUUGUCCUGUGUAGUCAGCUGCAAAAACUUUUGACUCGUUUCACUAUUUUCCAGAGGAAUAUUUAUAUCUUUUCUAGUUGAACUUUUAAAAAUACUACCUUGUAGCUGCUGUUUGUGGUGAAAUUCUGUGCCUUUGUAAUGAAUUUAUAUCAAUGAUGAGCGUCAUUUUUACUACCGA